CACUAUGGAAUGCAUGUACUCGCUCUCUCUUCCACUUUCUCUCUCUGUCAUUUCUGAACCACACAUACUCACAACCAUUUUUUAUUUUAUUUUUUAUUUUUUUAAACCACACACAAGUUGAUCAAGUCAACUUUGUUUUUCAUGAGCGCAUUGCCCAAUAUGGACUGCCAAAACUUACUGGAAGAAAGUUGGUCACAGAAUUUCUGAACAACACAAAUCAUGCUCCCAAUGCAGGGGUAUUUCUGACAGUACUUUGGAGUUUAAACCUGAGGGAGAGUUUACGAACUGUGGAGGAGAAAAGGUGAAAAACUUUGUGCCAGAGGAAGAGAUAUCUGGAGGUGGGGGAGGUGAAGGAAGCGACCCCACACACACGCACAUGCUGAAGACAGAGAUUGCUUGAGUUUGUUGCAGGAGUCCUUAUCUAGACUCCUCCUGAUGGAUUCUAGGAGAACCUCUAUUGCAAAGGAUUCUCACAGACUACAGCGGCAAAAAACAGGCACAAACGCACACUGAACAGUGAGGGUGUGGUUUUAGUAUGGAGUCAUUGAGGGAAUCUUUUCUCCAUUUAACCUUCCAGAUGUCAUCCUACAAGCGAGCUACUGCUGAUGAAGAGGAGCUGAUAGACACCACCCCUGACAGAAUAUAUCAGUCUCCAACCAUGCAGGUGUUGGGACAUGGACUGGGGUCCAGGUGUUGGACUGGGCGAAGCCAUGUGGAGAAGAAGCUCCUUGUUGUGGUGUGUGGUCUCUCGCUGGCAUUAUUCAUAUGCAUCCUGACAUUGGGUCUGCAUUAUAACGAGACACACCCAGGGCUGUGUCUGACUGAACCAUGUGUGAGUGUGGCGGCAGCUGUGAUGGGAGCUCUAGACCACUCAGUGGACCCAUGUAAUGACUUUUACAGCUAUGCGUGUGGUGGCUGGAUGAAGAAAAAUCCACUACCAGAAGGCAAAUCAAGAUGGGACACCUUCAGCAAUCUCUGGGAGCACAACAUGGCUGUCAUGAAGAAUUUACUAGAGAGCACAAGUCAGCAAGGCUUGAGUAAGGCUCAACAGAAGGCCCUAAAAUACUACAAAGCCUGCAUGAAUGAAGCCAAGAUUGAGGAGCUGGGAGCACGCCCCUUACAGGAGCUCAUCAACCAGACAGGAGGCUGGGCCUUGACUGGCCCCUGGGACAAGAACAACUUCCAGGAGGUUUUGCGCACUCUGUCGGCCAACUACCGCACUUCCCCUUUCUUCACUGUGUUUGUCAGCGCAGACUCCAAGAACUCCAGUAGCAAUAUCAUCCAGGUUGAUCAAUCUGGACUGGGCCUGCCAUCUCGGGAGUACUAUCUCAAUGAGAAGUAUCUCAACGCAUAUCUGAACUUCCUGGUAGAGCUGGGAGUCCUCCUGGGUGGCUCAGAGGAGACCUCUCGCAAUUUGAUGCAGGAGAUAGUAGAGUUUGAAACCACUCUGGCCAACAUUACGGUUCCUCAGGAGGAGAGAAGGGAUGAGGAGCUCAUCUACCAUAAGAUUCAAGCUAAAGAUUUAGCAACACUGGCUCCUGCGGUUGACUGGAUGCCUUUUCUCAAAGCAGUGUUUGCUCCAGUUGCUCUUAAUGACUCGGAACCUGUGGUACUCUAUGCUACGGAGUACCUCAAGAAAGUUUCACAGCUCAUUAGCACCACCAACAAGAGCACACUGAAUAACUACAUGAUCAUGAAAGUGGUGAGGAAGAUGGUUUACAUAUUGGACCAAAAGUUCCAGGAUGCUGAGCAGCGUUUUCUUGAAGUCAUGUAUGGUGCCAAGAAGAGCUGUACUCCUCGCUGGAAGCUGUGCGUCAGCGACACAGACAGCGCACUAGGCUUCGCCCUAGGGCCUCUGUUUGUCAACGCUACCUUCGCUGAGGACAGCAAGGCCUUUGUGAGUAUACCUUAUCAUGCAUUCUCUAAUACAGCUUUGAGACUGAGCACAAUAACUUAUCCCUUGUGUGUAUAUCAGGCUGAAAAUAUGGUCUCGGAAAUCAAAUGGGCCUUUGAGGACAGCUUGAAACAUGUGAGUUGGAUGGAUGGUGAAACCAAAAAGGCAGCCAAAGAGAAGGCAGAUGCAAUAUACAAUAUGAUAGGCUAUCCAAAGUUCAUCAUGGAUGCUAAGGAGCUAGACAAAGUGUUCAAUGAAUUUGAAGUCGUGUCAGACUUACACUUCCAGAAUGUCAUUCAAUACUACAACUUCUCUGGUUGGGUCAUGGCUGACCAGCUGAGAAAAGUCCCAAACAGAGAUCAAUGGAGUAUGACUCCACCUACAGCGAAUGCUUAUUACAACCCCACCAAGAAUGAGAUGGUACUUCCUGCUGGGAUCCUUCAAGCCCCCUUCUACAGUCACGCCUGGCCAAAAGCCUUGAAUUUUGGUGGCAUUGGUGUAGUUAUGGGUCAUGAGCUGACUCAUGCAUUUGAUGAUCAAGGAAGAGAAUAUGAUAAGGAUGGUAACUUGCGCUCAUGGUGGAAGGAUACAUCAGUGAAGGCAUUUAAGCAGCAGACUCAGUGCUUGGUGGAGCAGUACAGCAACUACAGCAUCAACACAGAACCCCUCAAUGGUAAACACACACUUGGCGAGAACAUUGCUGACAAUGGUGGCCUCAAAGCAGCUUACAAGGCCUAUGUGAACUGGAUCCAGAAGAAUGGGGAGGAGGCUACGCUGCCUGCUCUGGGAAUGACAAAUCAUCAGCUGUUCUUCGUUAGUUUUGCCCAGGUGUGGUGCUCAGUGCGGACCCCUGAAAGCUCUCAUGAAGGCGUGAUCACUGACCCUCACAGCCCUUCACGCUUCAGAGUCAUUGGCUCCAUCUCCAACUCCUAUGAGUUCUCCAAACAUUUUGGCUGUAAGGAGGAUUCGCCAAUGAACCCUAAGCGCAAGUGUGAACUCUGGUGACUCCAUUACCAGAAGUUUGAUGCAUCCCAGGAAACUGUGCUUUGGUCUCUCGUAAAGCCCAGAAGACUUGUACUUAAAUACAUUUUAAUAUAGGGCUCUAUUUUAUCCUCACUGGGACUCAAGAAAAUCUCUUACACUGGAAAAAACUACUGGAUCUUUAACAUGGGAGAAAGAACUGGUUGUUUUAAAUACAAGUGCCUUUAUUUUUUUAUAUGCUAUCAUUUUUAAGGGGAAAUCCUUUCUGUUCUUGUUACAAUGUUGUAUAUUUUACAGUUUGUUCAUUGAAUCAUAUCAUGCAUCAUACAAUGUUAUUGAAUGUAGUUGGUGACCAUGAACAGGGUAUCCCUCAUUUUACAGGCCACAUUAUACGUAAUCUAGUGUCAAAUGGGCAAGACCAGAAAAAUCAGAACAGAGGAACAGAUUGCAGUUCAUUACCAACAAAACAAAUUCAAAUUAUUCCGUUUUUUUGUUUGUUUUUGGUUUUUUCCGUAGUGUAUUGCAUAAGUUCACCACGUUUUAACUGUUCCAUGUUUUGCGUUAUAACCUGGAAAUUAAAAUGACCUAAUAAGGGAUUAUGUCAAGUUUUUAACUUGCUUUAAAAAUCAUUGCAUUUUGUCAGUAGAUGUGUAUAUUGCUCAAUUUUGCCACCUAGUGGGGGGGGGGGAAACAAUUAGCUUUUUCAAAUGUUUCAAUUCAGAUAUGGUCCACAAGACGAUUUUAAUUUAAAACUAAUAUUAUAAAUUCAUUUGUUCGAGCCUUUACUGGGCUGAACUCAGCUCAUGGGUCAUAUAUUUCACACCCCCGGGCUAGCAUUCUUCCUGAGCAAGCUUGCACACACCUGAUAAUUCCCUGAUUUAUUUAAAAAACAUUGACACAUCUGAGGGAAACAACAUAAAAUAUAGUGGCUUCAUAUGAAUGAACAACAAGAAUAGUGCAUGUAAUCGGCAAAGAUGGAAGAAAUCGCCCACUUUCAAUAGAAUGAGCAUUUACAAUGAAGUUAAAACAUUUAGAGAUGCUGUCUAAACCAACAUACAGAACCUAAAGGGAAAUAAACUGGAACCAUAUAUUCAAGUGCUGCAACCAGUUUAUAUUAAUUUAAAAUACAGUCUUCUGAUGCUAGUUGGUAAUUUUAUAAGAAUGUGCAUGACUUAACUUGAAUAAAAAGUUAUGGCUAAUAUUAGAUGGAAUAGCAGGAUUACUGGAUGCAGCUACUCUUUGAAUUAUUUCUUAUGGAACCUAAUUAUUUUGCCCUUGCUAUUUAAAUUUUUAUGUUACCUUGGGUUGGGAUGGUUCCGUUUCAUGGCUUUAAACGUUUGACCAUCUCACAAAAAUGUUCCCCAAAACCAAAUUAAUUACUUUCUGGACAAAUCACUCAACAUCAUAAACAAAAAUAUUUAAUGUACAAUUAAUGAUUAAAUAAAUCACUACUGACCAUGGAUACAAAAUAGAUAAUUGGCUCAAAAACAUUGCAAACAAAUAAAUGUAAGGAAUGCCAUCAUCCAGAUUAAAUUACACAAAAGCAUGGCUUCUCGAUAAAUGUGUUGUGAUUACGUUAAAGAUGUCAUCAUUGGGUCAGGGGAAAAAGCCCAUGUAGUGGUGCAUCUUACCUCAGGGCGCCUCUUCACUAAUUAGUUCCUAGUUUCCAGGUCCAGUCAUCCAGCAGCAGUUACUCAAGUUCUUUAAAGCAUGUCUACUGGUGCAAAAUGUUAUUGUGAUUCAGUAACUUGAUCAGUGCGACCCAUAUACCGUACAUAUUUACAAUGACUUCAGUGCAUAGACUGAUAUUUUUCCAUUUCUUGGAUUCUUGAUCUCCAUUUUGUGAAAUUUUGGUUCUCCAUUUUGCUUUUACAUGCCAUAACAUUGUAUUUUGGAAUAUGAUGCAUGUAUUGUGCAAUGCUUAAAACUUAUAUAUAAAAUGUGUGUGUGUGUGUGUGUGUGUGUGUGUGUGUGUGUGUGUGUGUGAUGUAUGGCCUGCUGUAAGUAGUUGAUUGGGCUUGAGUGAAUGAAUGAAUGAAUGAAUGAAUGACCGACCUUUCUUUGACAUGAUGGGAAAUAUUUGCUGCUCUUCAAAUGUGACAACCGAGACUGCAGACAUUAUUGGUCCAUUAAUGUGACCAGUGUUGAUAUGUAAAAUGUGAAUACAAAUUAGAAUGGAUUUUCUCACCUUAAUGCAAAAAAAAAUUGAUGCAAUAAAGUUUUAGCCAAAUGG